AUGCCUACUAGCUCUUGGUAUCUUACUGUAGCGCUGGGACUGACCAUAUUGGUCAACCCAACUGCUGGUAGACUUCACGCGGAUCUCCGACGACCAUCACCGAAACAGAAGCAUGACAGUAGACGAGAUCUUUACCAAGGACUGGGUCAAAAACUCCAUGAUCGCAGUUUUUCUGGAGCUGGUUCUUGCCAUGAGUCUAACUUCACCAAAAUUCAAGCCCCAAAGAAAAACAUCUGGACCGGCCUGACAGACCCUGAAGCUGCAAGUGUUCUGUCAUGGCUUUUCGAACAAACUGAUCUGAACUUGACCCUUUCCAAAGACGCUGGAGACUGGGACAAUACUGUUGAACUUGUUGAGCUCAUGCAACCGAACAAGACAAACUCUCUCCACUUCAUCGACCAUAAUGGCAAAGAACCACCUCGAUAUGCCCAUGUGGUUAUUGAUCACCGAGCAACCGUCGAACCUUACUAUGCGGAUAUCCUUAUAGGCCCUCUACCAAUUGUGAAUAGGACCACCCAGUGGCAGCCGCUUGAGUAUCCAUACACUCGCAAAACACAGGGGAGGAUCCGCAAUGUGGACCCAGACGACACCCUUGUAUACGACACAUGGCUUCUGGGCAUCAGUACCUCGGUAGCUGACAUCACCCGUGAUCUUUGGAAUGCAACAUACCUUGGACUUGACAAUGACACGAUCAGUCUCUGGGGUAUUGACCCUCUUUCGCAAGAAAAUGGCCAUAUCCUUCGCUGGGAUCAAUUUUGGCAUGAUACAGCCGGUGAUUUUGAUUCUUCGACUUUGCUUCCCUUGGGGUUGUACGUUCACUCGGAUGUUACUGGCCGAGAUGCAUCGAAAUGGAAGGUUCUGGGGUGGCUGUACAACGACAUCUUUUACCCAUCAACUGAAGACUUUCGAAAUGCCUUCUACAGCCCUGGUUUUGAGAAGCUUGGGGCAAAUAGUGACGGAGAAUGGGCACACACUGAUCAACGAGGGAAAGUCCUGCCGCAUGAUCGAUCAUAUCCUCCUGUUUCUGUUGCUCCCUCAGGGUCAAGAUUUGGGGUUGAUGUGGAACAGAAGUAUGUCGAAUGGAUGGACUUUACUUUCUAUAUCAGCUUUUCUCAUGAUGUUGGAAUGACUCUUCAUGAUAUUCGGUACAAGGGUCAGCGUAUCCUGUACGAGCUUGGCUUGCAGGAGGCUCUUGCUCACUAUGCUGGAAACGACCCUGUGCAGUCCAUGACUUCUUAUCUUGAUUCUUACUAUGGAUUUGGACCCUACGCAUUUGAGUUGGCCAAAGGGUACGACUGUCCAUCUUAUGCAACAUAUCUCAACAGCACAUUUUAUGAAGAUGAGACUACCCAUACGCACAUUCAUAGUAUUUGCCUCUUUGAAUAUGAUGCAGAUUACCCAAUGCAGCGUCAUAGCAGCUCAUAUUAUGUGUCUGUGACUAAGAACGUCUACUUCACGGUUCGUUCUGUGUCCACGGUUGGCAACUAUGACUACAUGUUCAGUUACUCGUUCUACAUGGAUGGAUCUAUCGGCGUUGAAGUGCGAGCCUCUGGCUAUAUUCAGUCAGCUUAUUACGCCCACAAUGAGGACUUUGGCUACCAUAUCCAUGACGCACUCUCGGGAUCGAUGCAUGACCAUGUUCUAAACUUCAAGGCCGAUUUCGAUAUCUUGGGACUGAACAAUACGAUCCAGUUGACUAAGCAAAUCCCAACCACCCAGAAAUUUGCGUGGUCCAAUCAAACCCGCAAUACGAUGAAGAUUGAGCAUUCGAAUAUUAAAAAUGAAGAUGAAAGCCGAUUCAACUGGGCUGCCAACUCUGCCACUCAAGUCAAAGUACUUAACUUGGACGAGACAACUCCCUACGGCGAGUAUCGGGGAUAUCGAAUCUUGCCCUCGACUGGAACUAUUCACCUAACUGUCGAGAACUCGACAAAUCUUCGCAAUGCCGCACAGUGGGCCAACUAUGAUAUUCAAGUCACCCAGCAUCAUGACACCGAGCCCCGAUCCGCUCACCCAAAGAACUCCCAAGACGUGGAAGAUCCGGCUAUCAAUUUCAAUAAAUUCUUCAACGGCGAGAAUCUCACCCAGCAGGAUCUAGUCGUGUGGCUGAACCUAGGCAUGCAUCAUGUUCCACACACUGGUGAUCUUCCCAACACGGUAUUCACUACUGCGCAUUCAGGCGUACAGUUUAUGCCGCUGAACUAUUUGCUUGGGGAUCCAAGUCGGGAAACAGUGAAUAUGGUUCGAGUAGUUUAUGACGAUGGGAAUGUGUCCGCUGUUCACACGUUCGGGCAACACGACGACCAGUGUACGUUGGAUUUCACUCCAGCUGAGUCCAGCUUGUGGGAUUACGUUGGAGAUGUUGUGGUCAGAAAGUUCCCUUAUGAUCCGAAUGAUCCUUACUUUGAUACGGAUAGCAUAUCUUAA